CUCUCUCUCUCUCACUGUUUAUAGUUGUGUUGUAUCAUAGUCUCAUUUUUUAUGUACACCUCCAUUCUAUAUGCUAGACAUGGAAGAAAUUGAAGUACCUCAAUAUUUCAUAUGCCCAAUCUCUCUCCAAAUCAUGAAAGACCCUGUUACAACUGUCUCCGGCAUCACGUAUGAUCGGGAGAGCAUUGAGCAAUGGCUGUUAAUGGCCAAGGACACUAUUACGUGUCCUGUGACCAAACAACCAUUGUCCAGUGACUCUGGUUUGACACCAAACCACAUGCUACGACGCCUAAUCCAGGGAUGGUGUGUCAUGAAUGCCAAAAAUGGAGUCGAUCGCAUCCCCACUCCAAAAUCGCCUCUCAACAAGUCCCACAUCUUCAAACACAUCCGAAAUCUCAACAUUCCGGAAUUGCAUUUCAAAGCAUUGAAGAAAAUGGAAGAGCUGGCCGAGAACGAGAAGAACAGGGCGUGUAUGGCCGAGGCAGGAGCGAUUAAAGCCAUGGUUUUGUUCGUCACGAGAUGUUUCAAAGAGGGAAAAACAAGCGGUCUUGAAGAGGCCUUGAAAAUACUGCAUCUUAUUUGGACACCGACAACGGAAAAUAAACACCUUCUGAAUGAGAAUUUCGAUCUGAUCGACUCUAUAUUAUUGGUUCUGAAAUACGAUAUGGAAAACCAUGUUGCAGUGAAGACCAGUGCAAUGUUGGUAUUGAAAAUCAUCAUCGAAGUUGUGAGUUCAAGUCUUAUAGAGCGAUUAAAGCCCCACUUUUUUAUUGAAAUAGUUAACGUCUUAAGAGUUCAAAUCUCUCCACAGGCUACAAAAGCUGCCUUGAAUGUGUUAAUAGAGGUGUGUCCAUGGGGAAGAAACCGAUCCAAGAUAGUCGAAACCGGUGCAGUGUUCGAGCUCAUUGAACUCGAACUCAACAAACCCGAAAAACAUGUUUCCGAGCUCAUUUUUUGCCUCUUGGCUCACUUGUGUUCGUGCGCCGAUGGGAGAGAGAAGCUUUUGAAGCAUGCUGGUGGUGUAGCUAUGUUGGCGAAGAGGAUCUUGAGGGUGUCUCCAGGGACAGAUGAUCGAGCCAUUCACGUGCUUUCGUUGAUAUCGAAAUUCUCUGCAACAAAUGAUGUUCUUAUGGAGAUGUUGAGAGUUGGAGCUGUAUCAAAGCUUUGCAUGGUGCUUCAAGCUGACUCUCCAAAGUACUUGAAGAACAAAGCAAGAGAGGUGCUUAGGUUGCAUGCUAGGGUUUGGAACAACUCUCCUUGUAUUGCUGUUUAUCUCUUGACAAAAGAUCCUAGGUAACAUUUUUAAGCUUUUUACAAAAUCGUUUAAGAUUAGGUUGUGUUUGAAUCUAUGAAUUCAGGGAAUUUGUAAAGAUAAGAAAAGCGAAAAGAAAAGUUAAACAAAUUUUCCUCUUUUGUUUUGUUUUUUUUGUUUUGUUUUUUUCUUCAUUUUUCUGUUCAAAUCAUUGAUUCAAACACAAUUUUAGUGGUAUGAUAAAAUUUUUGGUUUUUGUUCUUA